AUGAAACCAUCAUGUGCUGAUAGUGCCCUUCACCUAGAUAUCACACCUGGAUUCAUUGAGACUAACACGGGAUAUACAUUGUGUAGGGUCAAUCGAUACAAGACGGAUCCAACCACGUGGCUGUCGAGAAAGGACAAGAGUUAUCUAUACUUUCUUUUCUCUCUCUCUCUCUCUCUCUCAGAAACCUACUCAUUCUUUCUCAAAUUUUUUUUUCUCCUCUCAUUUCUGUUCCAUUCUAUUUUUCCCUCUCUCCUUCCCUUUCUUUUUCUUUUUCUUUUUCUUUCUUUCCCUCCCUCUCUUUCUUUUUCUUUCUUUCCCUCCCUCCCUCCAUUUUUCUUUCUUUCCCUCCCCCCUCCCUUUCUUUUUCUUUCUUUCACUCCCUCCCUCCCUCCCUCCCUCCUUUCCCUUUUCUUUUUCUUUCCCUCCCUCCUUUCUUUUCUUUUCUUUUCCCUCCCUCCCUUUUCCCUUUCUUUCUUUCUUUCUUUCUUUCUUUCUUUCUUUCUCAAUUUUUUUAUAUGUCUACCUGUUCACUUCUAUCUUAAUUGUUUUAUAUCUAGCUGUCUGUACAUUCAUUUCUUUCUUUCUUUUUUAAUUUUUACUCCGUCUGUCCAUUUCUAUCUAUAUUAUUUUUUUAAUAUCUCUCUUUCUGUAUAUUUUUUCUUUCUCAUGUCCGUCUAUUCAUUUCUAUCUAUCUUAAAUUUCUUUUUGAUAUCCCGCUGUCUGUACAUUCUUUCUUUCUUUCUUUCUUUCUUUCUUUCUUUCUUUCUUUCUUUUCUCGAAAACAAAACGAAAUGGCCCAUUAUUUAUUUGAGUCUGUGCAUGCAUACACCGGUCGAUGUACAUUUGCCAAUUCUUAAAGAAUCUAUCUAUCUAUCUAUCUAUCUAUCUAUCUAUCUAUCUAUCUAUCUAUCUAUCUAUCUAUCUGUUUUUACUAUCCUUUAG